CAGCAUCAUACGGUACGAUACSGUGACAGACCGACUGCAGUCAGUCCAGCAACUGGGACAGCAGUGUGUCGUUCUUAAAAUUCCAUUGACGGCAGAAAAACAGCUUUUUUUGUGUGUGCUUUGACAGACGUGAUGAGCGGCAGGGUUGGCGACCUCAGCCCGAAGCAGGCUGGGGCAUUGGAAGAGUUUCGAGAGAGGAUUCAGGACGUUCUUCCACUACUUCCUGCUCAUCAUGACCACUUCCUGUUGCGCUGGCUCAGAGCCAGGAACUUCAAUGUGCAAAAAUCAGAGGCCAUGCUGAGAAAGCACCUUGACUUCAGGAAACACAUGAACGCAGACACAAUCACCACACAAUGGCAGCCUCCAGAGGUGAUAGAGAAGUACCUGUCAGGUGGGAUGUGUGGGUAUGACCGUGAGGGAAGCCCCAUCUGGUGGGAUGUCAUCGGCCCCGUGGACCCCAAGGGCCUCUUCCUAUCAGCGUCUAAACAGGACUUCAUCAAGUCUAAGAUCAGAGACUGUGAGAUUCUGCAGAAGGAGUGUGAGCUGCAGUCUGAGAGGUUGGGGAGGCAUGUUGAAGCCAUCACUAUGAUCUAUGACUGUGAUGGUCUGGGUCUCAAACAUUUAUGGAAGCCUGCCAUCGAGACUUACGGAGAGAUCCUGACCAUGUUUGAAGACAAUUACCCAGAGGGCCUCAAGAGACUGUUUGUCAUCAAAGCCCCUAAGCUCUUCCCUGUGGCUUACAACCUCAUCAAGCACUUCCUGAGUGAGAUCACCCGCAACAAGAUCAUCAUCCUGGGGGCCAACUGGCAGGAGGUGUUGUUGAACUACAUAGACCCGGAGCAGCUUCCUGCCGCGUACGGAGGGAAACUCACCGACCCUGACGGGGACCCUCGCUGUAGGAACAAGAUCCACUACGCAGGGCCGGUACCUGCUUCCUACUUCGUGAGGGAGUCAGUGAAGGUGGAUUAUGAACAGUGUCUGACAGUCAGUCGAGGCUCCUCACAGCAACUGGAGUAUGAGAUMCUCUUCCCUGGCUGUGUGCUCCGGUGGCAGUUUUCCAGUGAUGGGGCAGACAUCGGCUUUGGGGUGUUUAUGAAGGGUAGGAUGGGGCAGAGGCAGAACGCAUCGCAGAUGMAGGAGGUGGUUCCCAGCCAGAGAUAYAAUACCCACCUGGUGCCUGAGGACGGCUCUCUCACCUGCAACGAGCCUGGAAUCUAUGUGCUGCGGUUUGACAACACCUACAGUAUCUUCCAGUCCAAACGCAUUAGCUUUACUGUCGAGGUCCUGCUCCCCGGCCAAUCGCAGUCUCUGAAGAACAUGAUUGGGAUGGAAUCUGGGGCCAGCAACCAAUCACAGUCCCUGAAGAACAGGAGUCUGUCAGAAUCUGUGGCUAGCAGCCAAUCACAGUCUCUGAAAAAUAGGGGUGGGUCAGAAAGGGGGGCUAGCAGCCAAUCGCAGUCUCUGAAAAACAGGGGUGGGUCAGAAAGGGGGGCUAGCAGCCAAUCGCAGUCUCUGAAGAACAGGGGUGGGCCGGAAUCUGGGGCCAGCAGCCAAUCGUGACAGACGUUACUGAGUUGCUAAUCUCUCGUGGACAGAUUCUCGUGGACAGAUGAAAUGGGCAAGAAUCUGUCAAGGUUCACGUAGAAUUAUGUGAUUACAAGCAGCAGUAGCUCCUCGUUUUGGGUUUACGUCAUUGAUUAUUUGGACAAAUCAGGAUUGGGUGAAGGCGGUGCUUAAACUGGUGCAGUGAUUUUCAAGCCUGUGUGCAGAUGAUAAACGGUUUCCACUAGAUUCCACAGCCACAAAGUCAAAAUCAAAAUGUUUUUUCUUCCAUGAUCAACACUGGUGAAAUUAGGUUUGGCUGAGAGUUUCCGUUUGGGAAGGAGGAGACUUCGCUUCCUUUGCACAAAGUUAAUCAGAAUUGUUAACGGCAGUCCCCCCCGGAAGUAAAACAGGAAAUGAGAUCAUUUUACUUCUAGGUAACCGAGAUUACUGAGUUGCUAGCCUGUCCUAGAUUAUAGUGCGUCCCAAAUGCCACCCUUUUCCAUAUAUAGUGCACUUUGGGACACAAGCCCGAGUCUUACCCCCAACCAUGGUCAGUGAAAACUUGAAAGCACUGAAACAGACCCCACUGGUCCGGCACUGAGGGUGUAUUAUUUUGCAGUGCUGAACAGGGUACAUAGCCACAGAGCAGGGCGUAUUAUUUUGCAGUGCUGAACAGGGUACAUAGCCACCGAGCAGGGCGUAUUAUUUUGCAGUGCUGAACAGGGUACAUAGCCACAGAGCAGGGUGUAUUAUUUUGCAGUGCUGAA